CCGGAAAUACUGUAAGUGCGCAGGUGCACUGACCUACUUUUAACUUUUACAAGGUGAAGUGUACAUACUUAAGAAGUCAUUUGUCGUUCCUAGUGCAGCCUAGUUAGUCUUGUCAUUCCAUUGGGACCACUCAAGUUAGUCGAAUAUUUUAGUACACUACAGAUGUGUACAUAUUCAGGACCAAGGAGAAAUAAUUUCUUUUUGAUAGUGGAACGCGUAUUCCCAAAUGAUAACAUACAGUUGAGAUGACUCAAAAAAGAAAAUCAUCAAAAGAAAAACUGUCUGAUUCAGUGACCUCAAAGUAUUUUAGGCUGUCAUCAGAAUCUAAAACUGAUGAAGACAAUGAAAGAAAAACCAAAAACGAUGACAGCAAAGAUGAAAGGGAGGAGCAUCAAGCUGAAAAAGCAAUUGUUAAAUCAAAUCCAAAAUGUCUAGAUACAUACUUCUUUGCCAAAAGUUGUCAGGAGUUGGCAAAGUCAUUACUUGGUCAAAUAUUUGUUAAGAUAGACAAUGGAAAGCGUUUAUCUGGAAGGAUUGUUGAGACAGAAGCUUACAUUGGAGGUGAAGACAAGGCGUCACAUUCUUGUGGAAAUAAACAAACCAAUCGGAACAAAGCUAUGUUUAUGGCACCAGGGACUGUGUAUGUGUACAAUAUUUAUGGCAUGUACUGUUGUAUAAACAUAUCUAGUAAAGGUGAAGGAGCUGCAGUUUUAAUACGGGGGAUUCAACCAAUAGAUGGCAUCGAACAACUUCGUUCUAAUAGAAUAGCAUCUGGAAAAUCCGCCACACCAUCCAAAAAACCAUUGAAGGACAAAGAUCUGUGUAAUGGUCCAUCAAAACUGUGUCAAUCAUUUAAAGUUAAUAAGUCCAAUGGAGAUCAGCAGAAUUUGACUGAUUGCGAUUACAUGUGGCUAGAGAAGGGUGAUGAUGUACCUAAUUCAGAUAUUGUUACAUGUAGUAGGAUCGGAGUGAAUAAUCCUGAAUUUGGUGAUUGGUCAACUAAGGCUCUUAGAUAUUACAUCGUUGGUAAUGCCUGUGUAAGUGUCCGAGAUAAGACAGCCGAAGCAAAUAUGUAAACUAAUAUUACAUGGGAUUAAUGCAAGAUUGCUUAACUAUUUGAUAAUGAAUAAAUGAGCUGACAAAGCUCAAAAUAAUUAUUUUGAAAGAUGCAACUAUUAUCAAGAAUGAAUAGGUGUAAUUAUCUGCUUCAUAUGAGC